AUGCGAUUGUAUCCAUAUACAACAAUGUUGGCUUCAGCAGCGGCGUUUGCUACUUGUGUUGUGUCGGCGGCUGCCUUCUUUCUUAGGACCCGAAGCAAGGAGAUAAAUGAAGUGAUGGUAUUUUGUAAACUACAAUACAAUGCAUUCAACUGUUUCGAUAAAUUUAUAAGCUACAUUGAAGGAGCAAAGAGCAAUAUUCACGUAUGCAUGCCAGGUAUUCACAAUCAAGCCAUACAGGGAAGGCUCCUUGAAGUAAUGAAGGCAAAGAAAAUUGCAGUCCGUGUAAUAUUAGACCGGACUGGGUAUGACGCUACUGAUCCUAUCAUCAAAGAACUUCUAGAUGCUGGAGCUGAAAUCAGAUGUAAAGCGAAUGAACGCGUAUACAAGAUGCAGCAUAAGUUCUGCAUAAUAGAUGAUAAUAUUCUCAUGACUGGCACGCUGAACUGGGGUAACGACCGAUCUUCAGACCACUGGAACUACGUCUACAUCACCAGCAAGAGACAACUGGUGGAGCCGGUCAAACAGAGUUUCUACCAGAUGUGGAAUUCCUUCUCCAGCGAAGUGCCAAUUGAACAAACACAAUCUAACACCAAUGAAAUAGAAAAUAUUGAAACACAUUGCAACACCAACGACUCGGGAACGGUUGAUAUUCAGGACGAACUUAACGAUCAUGAAGAUAAGAAUGAACUUGUCAGUCAAGAUACACAGAUGACGCCCGAGUUGUGUUUAGGCUAAUUAUGUCGCUGCACAGAGUGGAAGUCAGGAUAAGGUGCCGCAUAAUCGAGGACCGUUGCCAUCCUUUUUAUUAUUUUAGUAUUUCAUAGAUAAUAAGAAUUUGUUUCACAAAUGUUUUAAAAUCUAAACAUGCAAAUGCGAAUGUUAAUACAAUUUUAUUUUAUUCACCGACUAAAAAGGUAGGUAGGUAUAUUUACCAUAAAAACAAUGUAAUAUUUUAGACCAUGAAAUAAUGUAAGAAUAUUUUUUGUUGCGAGGCAAAGCUGGCCUUUGCCUGUGCUUAUUUUAUUAUCUAUAUUACUUUACUGUAAUUUCUCAUCUAAUAUUACUAAUUUAUAUUUUUAUAAAUUGAA